UAGGUCUGGGGACGGUUAAGGUCGGAGCAGGGCGGGUGCGGUAGUGGCAUGUUCGGUUGAAGCUCCGGUACCUCGCUGUUUAGAAAUUAGCCACUGCUGAGCUUCCGCGCAACGAACUUUUCUCCAGCGGCAGAGGUUGAUUGGAUGGUCUUUGGGGUCCCUUCUAACCCUACUGCUAGCAGGGAGCGUGGAAGGCUGGGCCUCCGCGUGGAGCUCCGCCUCCACGACGCUGGGCUGCUCUGCUUGGGGCCGCCGGAGCCGGUGCAAAGCAAGGGGGAAAUACAACAGCUGCCCUCGCCGGUGUCUGCAUGGAGGGGGAUCAAAUACAGAGUGCAAUUCCCCUCCGACAACCUGCGGAGGAGAACGGAAACCUCCGUCCUCUUGCCCCACACCCCUAUCCGAUGUGAGCGAGGCCCUUUCCAAAGGAGAGCGAGCGAAGUCCCAAGAAGAAGCGCAAAAGAGACCCCAGGAAGCUUUUGCCGGACCAGAUCACGCAAAGAGCAAAGGCGCUUUUGCGGGAAAAGGGAUCGUAGCUGCAAGACCUUGGGUAGGCGGCGGAAGAAGAUCCUUAGAAGGGAAAAGCCAGGCGAGAAAGGGGGAACACCAGGGUGGGCUGUGAGAACUCUCCCCGAGGUCUGCUGUUGGAUCCCAGACAACAGGCUGGCAUGCUGCCUUCUAGAGGACCCUUAAUGGCAAGGCUACUAGCAAGAUUCCAGUGAGUGGAUAUGGAUCCCUUCCCCGGGGACCCCGCAAAAACAAAUAAAUGAGAGAGAUUUCUAACGGCAAGAAGAAAGGAAUCGAGGGAAAGCCUUGUCGGGAUCUUGUCAGCAUCACAACUGAACGCAUCCUCUGCCUUGAGAUCCACCGCGCUGCUAAUGCAGCGUCGUGAGAGCAUCAGACAGGUAGAGUUGCCUGUGCUGUGGUGCAUGUCGAAAUUAUGGGCCACCUUGUCCAUUGGAACAGCUGUUGAGACGCUUGUGGCUUAUGGAAGAUGCGGGAAGCUCUAGUGAAGCUAGACGGACCCUAACACCAUCAUGAGAGAGCAAAGAAGCACCACGAAGAUGAUUUGGCUGUGGAUGAUGUGCCUCAUUGGUCUAGCAUCUUCUCUAGAAGAAAUUCUUUUGGAUACAACAGGAGAAACCUCUGAGAUUGGCUGGACUUGCCAUCCUCCUGAUGGGUGGGACGAGGUGAGCGUCUUGGAUGACAGGCAGCAUCUGAUCCGAACUUAUGAGGUGUGCCAUGUGGAUAAGCCAGGACAGAAUAACUGGCUGCGUACUCACUUCAUAGAGCGGCGUGGAGCCCGCAGGGUGCAUAUCCGUCUCCGAUUUUCUGUACGUGACUGUGCCAGUAUGAGGACCGUGGCCUCUUCCUGCAAAGAGACCUUCACUCUUUACUACCACGAAUCAGAGACAGACGUGGCCACAGCAGAGCAUCCCGCGUGGCACGAGGGGCCGUGGACCAAAGUGGAUACAAUUGCAGCCGAUGAGAGCUUCUCGCAGGUGGACAGCACUGGGAAGGUAGUAAAGAUGAACGUGAAGGUGCGCAGCUUUGGGCCCCUCACUAAGAGGGGCUUCUAUUUGGCUUUCCAGGACUCUGGGGCUUGCAUGUCCCUGGUGGCUGUUCAGGUUUUCUUUUACAAGUGCCCGGCGGUGGUGAGGGGGUUUGCCUCUUUUCCAGAGACAUUUGCUGGAGGUGAAAGGACUUCACUGGUGGAGGCGCCAGGUACUUGUGUGGCUGACGCAGAGGAAGCGAGCACUACGGGCUCUUCUGGGGUGAGGCUACACUGCAACGGAGAAGGCGAGUGGAUGGUGGCUAUCGGGAGGUGUGCCUGCUGUGCCGGCUAUGAACCUGCAGAUGAUGAGAAAAUCUGCAAAGCCUGCAGCACUGGCACUUUUAAGGCAUCGGUGGGAGAUGCCCCCUGCAGACCCUGCCCUGCCCACAGUUAUUCUUCCAUGCCAGGCUCCAGUGAAUGCGCUUGUCUGACCCGAUACUAUCGUUCAUCUUCUGACAUCUCUGAUGACCCCUGUACCAGCAUCCCAUCAGCCCCCCGCGACCUCAGCUAUGAGAUUAUUGGAUCCAACGUCCUCCUGACCUGGCGCCUCCCAAAGGACCUUGGUGGCCGAAAGGAUGUUUUCUUCAAUGUUAUCUGCAAGGUGUGCCCAACAGGGUCCCCAGGGCCGUGUGUGCGUUGUGGGGACAGCGUCCAGUUUGAGCCGCGUCAGGUGGGGUUGACGGAGAGCAGGGUACAAGUCUCCAAUCUCCUGACCCGCGUGCAGUACACCUUUGAGAUUCAGGCUGUCAAUCUCGUGACUGAGCUGAGCCCAGAUGCUCCACAGUUUGCUGCCAUCAAUUUUAGCACCAGCCAGUCAGUCCCAUCUGCUGUUCCCAUGAUGCACCAGGUGAGUCGCACAACUGGCAGCAUCACUUUGUCCUGGCCACAGCCAGACCAACCCAAUGGGAUCAUCUUGGAUUAUCAACUGCGCUAUUUUGAUAAGUCAGAAGAUGAGGACAACGCAUUCACUGUAACCAGUGAGACUAAUAUGGCCACUAUCUCCAAUCUGAGCCCAGGGAAGAUAUAUGCCUUCCAGGUACGAGCUCGGACAGCAGUGGGCUAUGGGCCAUACAGUGGAAAGAUGUAUUUCCAGACUCUGGUGGGAAGUGAGCGCUCCGAGAUGGUACAAGACCGAUUGCCACUUAUAGUGGGUUCAGCACUUGGCGGUCUGGCCUUCCUGGUAAUUGCGGCCAUUGCCAUCCUUGCCAUUGUCUUCAAGAGUAAGAGGCGAGAGACUCCCUACACAGACCGCCUGCAACAGUACAUCAGUACACGGGGCCUUGGGGUAAAGUAUUACAUUGACCCCUCCACCUAUGAAGAUCCCAACGAAGCUAUCCGGGAAUUUGCCAAGGAAAUCGAUGUGUCUUUUGUCAAGAUCGAGGAGGUCAUUGGAUCAGGAGAGUUUGGAGAGGUAUGCUUUGGGCGCCUGAAGCCUCCAGGGAAACGAGAAUACACAGUGGCUAUUAAGACCCUGAAGGCAGGCUACACCGAUGAGCAGCGUCGGGAAUUCCUCAGUGAGGCCAGCAUCAUGGGACAGUUUGAGCACCCGAAUGUCAUCCACCUGGAGGGCGUGGUCACCAAGAGCCGCCCCGUCAUGAUUGUCACAGAGUUCAUGGAGAACGGCUCUCUGGAUUCCUUCCUCCGGCAAAAGGAAGGGCAGUUCAGCGUGCUGCAGCUAGUGGGCAUGUUGCGGGGCAUAGCAGCUGGCAUGCGUUACCUCUCAGACAUGAAUUACGUCCACCGGGAUUUGGCUGCUCGCAAUAUCCUGGUCAACAGCAAUCUGGUUUGCAAGGUGUCAGAUUUUGGCUUGUCACGGUUCCUGGAAGAUGAUGCUUCAAACCCAACUUACACAGGGGCCUUGGGUGGCAAGAUCCCCAUUCGCUGGACCGCCCCUGAGGCUAUCCAGUAUCGCAAAUUCACAUCCUCAAGUGAUGUCUGGAGCUACGGCAUUGUGAUGUGGGAGGUCAUGUCCUAUGGCGAGAGGCCUUACUGGGACAUGUCCAAUCAGGAUGUCAUCAAUGCUAUUGACCAGGACUAUCGCCUACCGCCUCCCCCAGACUGCCCCACUGUCUUGCACCUCCUGAUGUUGGACUGUUGGCAGAAAGAACGGGUCCAGAGGCCCAAAUUUGAGCAGAUCGUCAGUGCUCUGGACAAGAUGAUCCGCAAGCCGUCUGCCCUCAAAGCUAUUGGCACAGAGAAUUGCAGACUGUCCCAGCACCUGCUGAGCAACUCGCCCCCAGAUUUCCCUUCACUCUCCAAUGCCCACGAGUGGCUGGAUGCCAUUAAAAUGGGUCGCUACAAGGAGAACUUUGACCAGGCUGGCCUGAACACAUUUGAUGUCAUCUCACGCAUGACUCUAGAAGACAUCCAACGCAUUGGCAUCAGCCUGGUUGGCCAUCAGAAGAAGAUUCUCAAUAGCAUUCAACUCAUGCGGGUUCACCUCAAUCAGCUUGAACCUGUUGAGGUCUGACACAGAGAGCACACUCCAACUCCCCCAAAAGGACCUGGAUAUUGAAAUGAACCUUUUGUUGUAAAAGGGAAACAGAGGAGUAAAUUUCAGGCAUCGCUGGAGGUUGCAUGAAAUGUUGCACUCCACAGACCAUUGCUCUUGGCGAUUUGUAGGGGGGUUUUUUUCUUCUUUUUUAUCAUAUCUCGAGGCGCUACAAAUCCUAUGGUAUUUAGAUAAGGGUGGCAUUGUACAUUGAAGUGGGUUGGGGAGUUAGUACACAGGGUAGAGCUGGAAAGAUAGCUUUGGAGUUCAAAAUGAACCUGCUGACACUUCUGUGCCAAUGCCAGUCAUUGGCUUUGUACUUUGGGCCAGCAACCUAUCAAAGACUUCUCUUGAGCCAGAUCAGACAAAAUAAGAGUUAACCUGAAAGUAGAAAGACGGCAUUGCCGAAUGAAAUCCCUGGUGGGAUUUGGUUUGGAGAUGAGCAGCAAACACCAUCACCUUUGUUCAGGGAGCCAUACAGAGUAACAAGAUGGCACGGAGGGUGCCUCAGGCAAUGAAUUUUAGACACCAAUUGUAGGGUGGCAAAGUGGGAAGCAGACAGAUCUGACCCGUGGGACACAAUCCUUUGGAAAGGUCUCCAGCUCAUUUUCAGUGGGGCUUGCACUGGAGAACGGCACCAGGUAGAUUGGUCCCCAUGUUAAUUAGGGAGGGGAGGGGCAUUGGGUUUUCCACCAGAGGCACCAAAAGAUUUUGGGAUAGCUAUGAGUUCAGGGUUUAUCCUCCCUGAUGAGGGAACCAGGAUGGCAGCUUUAUAAUUACCAGGAAAGGGAUGUGUAUCUGUUUACAGAGCAGAUAUUUCAUUUUUGCAGCUUCCGGCUGGAUAUUCUGACCACGGGAAAUGAAAUAAAACAUUUGACAGAGAAA